UGGUCCGUGAAACUCAUUGAACACUGUCAAGCAGCAAUGCUCGAGUCCUUGCUCUCUGGAGUCGCCAAUGUGUGUGCCUCGCGUCUGGAAGUGACACAUCUGCAUCACCUCUCCACAUGAUGUACAGGAUUGCAACGCUCCUGACUCCUAAAAUGCGAAUGCUACGGAUGUUGCCCCCAGAUGAAAGAGACGACGUGGUUAAAGGCGCAAAGGAAAUCAUUCACAAGAUGCACUUUCACCUGGACCCAGUCACAGCAGUGGAUGAGCCACCAGCCAAAAAGCAAAGCACAGACCGAUUCGCAGAUUGGGAAGACGAUGCGUCCGUUGCUUCAGUGCCAAAGCCGGUCGAUGAUGAAAUGGCUGAAUAUCUCAGCUCCCGGCUCUCUGAUAACCCAGACCCAGACAGCGUGCUUCCAUGGUGGAAGUUCAACAAAGAGCGCUUCCCAGCGCUAUCAAAGCUGGCACGUUUCAUCUUUAGUAUCCCCGCAUCCAGUGCGCCUUCAGAGCGGGCCUUUAGUGUCUGUGGGCGCAUCUUGGAAGAGAGACGCACGGGAUUGGGACCGCAGUCAAUCAGCAACAUUCUCUUCCUCCACAGCAAUAUUGCAAAGUGAUUCAUUUGUUAAAUUCAUUCGUUAACGUUGUUUAUUUAGUGUUAUUUAUUUGUUGUUUUUUGAGCACAGCCUCUCGUUGCCAUUUGUUAAUUACAGUAGGUCAAGAGGCGUGAUGAUGCCAGUUUUUAUUCUUAUUUGCAUUUUUUCAGACAGAAUACCUGUGACAUCUGGCUUUGGUUAAUAAUUGCAAAACUGCUGUUUUUAUGUAGUUUAUCAUUGUAUUUUUUUUG